AUGCUGGGCGACUUGCAUUCUUUGCUGGUGUUUGCCAGCGAGGUAUACGACCAGUACAAGACUCUAGGCAGAGAAGCCACGGAAUUGAAGCGCCGUGUCAAAAUAUUGACACGGCUGCUGAAAUCGUACAACGUUAUGGUCGGAAACGCAGACAGAUCGAAUCUACUCGGCCCUGGUGAAAUCGCCACCAUGCGCACCAUGUGCCGCAGCCUUCGGAAAGCUCUCGAACAAGCUGAUGAGUUUGUCAAGCGGCUGAAAAGACAUGUGAAGGCGAUGAUGGCGCUCAUCAACUCGCCUGCAUGCAGGAUAUUGCUCGAAACGCUGACGACGCGAAGUACCGAGCUGACUGGUUUUGCCGUGAUUCUCAACUUAUGUAUUCUGUUGGAGUCGAAAAAAGAAAGCCGUGUGUACGAACGCGUCAAAGCCGCAAAUAUACCUUCAUCAGCCCUGGACUUCACCCGUGAUCUGCUGAUGUCAGGAAAAUACAUCGACUUGACCUUUCCCAACGGUAACACAUCUCUCCAUUACGCGUGCAGGGCCGGUGACCUGCCCCUGGUCCGACUGCUUCUCCGCAAUCAGGCAGACCCGGGCAAGAUGACCAACGAUUUGCAGAAUUCACUACACCUGGCCGCAGCCAAGGGGCGCAUCGACAUUCUUACCGCGAUCCUCGCCCACGUGGCCGAUUACCGGCCGACAGAGAUGACCGUCCUAUUAGAGCAGGUGGAUGGCCAUCAGAAUACGCUGCUGCACGCGGCAUUGCAAGCCAAGUCGCUUUCGACAAUCGAAUUUGUUACCAAGCAGCUGGCCGAUGCCGGCUGCACCAACACCAUCAAUGCUGGCGGCUGGAUCGCCCGGCGUCUUCUCCGGACGGCUAAGCAAGUCAAGAUUGCGAAAAUUUUGGCGAUCCUGCUAGAGGCCAAGGCAUCCAUUAUAGACAAUCGCGGUGAAGGGGCCGUCACCGGCCGGACGGUGCUGCACACGGCCGUCAAGGAGCAGAAGCCAUAUGCAGUCAAGGCACUUCUGGUAGCAGUGCCCAGCCUCAAGGACGCCCGUGACAGCGCAGGCCAGACGGCCCUGGAGUUGGCGGUGGAAAGCGGCCAGGUGGCCAUUACCAAGGCACUGCUAAAGGCCGGAUCACCGAUCCAGACGCACAAGAAGGCGGACACAACACUGCUACACAUGGCAGCCAAGACGGGCAACGAGCGUGCUGCGCUCACGCUGCUACAUGCCGGCUUUCCAGGCCUCAACGCGCAAGACAGCACCGGCCGAACGGCGCUGUAUAUGGCAGCGGAAAGGGGCCACGUGGAGGUCGAGCGUGCCUUGCUGGAGCAUCGGGCAUCGAUCCGCAUCGGACGCUUUGAGGACAGCAAGACGGCCCUGCACGUGGCGGUGGAAAAUAAUCAUGUGGACGCGGUUCGGGCGCUCAUCACGAGGCGGGCGACCAUUAUCGACAUCUGCGACAACUCUGAAAAGACGGCUCUGCAUGUGGCCGCAGCUCGGGGCUUCGUCAGAAUCGCCAAGCUCCUCGUUGCCGGGAGGUCGACGGUGGUGAACGCCCGCACCGCCACCGGAAAGACGGCUCUGCACAUUGCCGCGGCCAAGGACAGGCCUGGCGUCAUCGAUGUCCUGGUUGAUGCCGGAGCCUCUUUGAAGCUACUGGACGAAAAUGGCCGCUCAGCCAAAGACAUGGCUAAGAACAAGAAUAACUGGGCGGCUAUGGCAGCGCUGGCCAAGGCUAAGCAGGAGCGGGAAAAGGAGAGAAAGGAGAGAGCAAGGAGCAGCCAUAGCUAG